UGGGCGGCCGGCACUCUUGGCCCACUCGGCACACCACGAGGACCGACGGCCGGCCUCAUCCUCCCUCCCGGGCGAGCUGCUGAGGAGCUGUCGAGAUGCUGCUGCUGUUCCUAAUCCUCACAAGGCUGGUUUGUGAGACCACGCCCCUAAAUGCCACAUCAGAUGCUCCCAAGGUCGACAGAGAGGUCUCGACGCAACCUGAGAAUCCACCCCCCUCAAUACUCAGUGCUCGUACAGACCAAGUAGAACCAGGGGCACCAGGAAAACCCAACACCUUAGACGAAGAAGCUAUAAACAGCUUUCUAAAAGACUUUUUGAAAUAUAGUGGUCCACUUAACCCACCACUAACCCAGAUUAACAAGGACAAUGCUACGGACAAUGGUUUACCAUGCUACGGCUGUGAUCGUAGAGAGAACGUGUUGGAUGUACCUUACCAUAGUGUCUUCUACCUGCCGUAUGCCGACCUCAUCUACUACUGGCUCCCGCAACAAGGCCCAGAGCAUGCUCUCACGGCAAGGCGAGCAUUGAUUGGCCACGGCAACAUAGUGGCUGGUGGGCUCAACGGCCCGCGUCUCCGCAAGGUGGGCGUGGCUGGCCAUGGAGGUGUGGCGGUCCUCAAAUCUCAAAAAUCGCCUCUUGUCUACACCAGGAACCAUGGUCUCCGCUCUGGAUUCCUCGGCCAUGCCGGCGGCGUUGGCUAUAUCGGGAGACACCGGACUAGGAAUGCCGACGAGAAGGUGCCAUCUGGAGAAGCAUCUGCAGGGGGCAGUCCAAAUAUUGCAGCGGAAAGUCCGAAUGAAAGGCAAGCCCUCUUCUUGCCUGGAGCCGGUCUAGGGCCGUACUAUUUCGGUCUCGGACUUCCGACCGUACUUGGAGGUCUGGCAAGCCCUAACAACAAUUGGCCACUGAACCAGGGAGGCUAUGUCAGUCAGCAGGGAACUAUUUCCACCUACCAACAUCCCCUCUUCCGGCAACAAGAUGGUGGAAACAUCGACAAAAUUGAUACUGUUGGCUCAAAAGGCAAUGGAAACUGUUAUGACCAAUUUAAAAACAUGGCUCCAACUCAAGACUUUAGAAGUGUUGGUGUAGAAUCACAGGGUAGCCAAAACAGUUUCGGCAGUGAAAACUACCAACUCACGUCAGAUGAUGCUCCAGGAAGUGUGCUUAGGUACUCCCCUGAUGGUAGUUCUUACUAUGAAGGUGCUAUCUUGGGGAACGAAGAUAAUAUUGGCUACUUCUCUGGUGCUGACAGUAACUUACAUUCUGGAAUCAAUGGGAUGUAUGGAUCAGCAGGUCCUGGUGUGAACAGUCCUGUGUUCUCUUCAAUGACCAGUGGUCUUCAGCCUGGUCUCGCUCAAAGUCCUUUUGCAAGCAGUCUGCACUUCCCUCUGGAAGGCUUACAAGGUGGUUUGUCAGGCCAUGAGCUUGGCUCGACCAUUGCAGCAAAUGGUCUUCAUUCUCAUCUCGGAAGUAGCCAUUCACCCCACUUCUAUCCCAUGGGUGGGCUUCACUCUGGCUUCCCGAGUCCAAGUCUCGCAACGCACAAUGCCGGGAGUCUCCAGAGCUCAUGGCCAGGCUAUGGUCUCCAGGCACACAGCCUCCACCCGACCCUCGGGAGUCUGUUCGGCAACUCACAGAGACCGGGGGCAGGUUACGCCCAAGCCAUCGGAGGGCUGCAAGCUAUGCCUUGGGGUCACAAUGCAGCAAUCGGACAGCCUGGCUUUGGCUUGUCACAUCCAUACAACUUACGCGAGGCUGGUGACAACCCGCCGGGCGAGACCGGAGUGCCGCUUCCAGGGCUACCAACUGGCCAGAGCACGUUCCCGGCUGGUCCCGGGGUGGAUGCGCCGCUGGACUUGCCGCCUCCCUCCCUCGUCCCGUACAAUACCACCGACUGCAACGGCAGCGCGUCGGGCUACAGCUUCCGGAAGUACUCGCACAGCGACGUGGACUACGGCUACGGGGAGCUGCCUGGCCAGAGCGCCUACCUGCGCCUCCUCAUGGUGCACUCUGGGAGCAGCGACGGCCUCCCGCCCCAGCGGCAGUCCUACCAACCCUCGCCCCCCGUGGCCCCCUACCAGCGCGUGCACACCAAGCAGGGCUACGACAUCCUCAAGUUCUCGCACGACGACUCUGCAGAGCAGCCCUCUCAGAACUGAAGACCACCGUCCCUGUGUCGAGGGUCAGGUACGGGAAGUGCUUGUGAAGCUAUACACAACUCCGCGUGGUCCAUCCAGCUAAUACACACCACAGGACAAGGAACCCCAGUAGUCCCCCCCCCCCCCCCGACACAGCAACAACAUUUCAUUUGUUUCAUCCCAUCUCUGCACGUGACCAAUGAAACAUCAUCAUACACCAAACGUGGACAAUCUAGUAUAAAUAGGAUUUACCGUGCAAUGUACCCACCCUCUAAAUGCAAUGUACCCACCCUCUAAAUUACUGGUAGAGACAGUAACAAACAGCAAAGCAAGUUACUGCUCUGGCGUGCGUUCAAGUGCACGCUAAGUGUGCAGUGUGCUUCAAACUGGGGAAAUACACGCGAGAGUCUUGGCCAUUAAGAGGAAAACCUUACCGGAGACGUUUGCGUUCAUUGCUGGCCGUCAUGUGACAAUGUUCACUGCAAACAGAUAUGUUGACAAGGCUCAAGUCUCCCUUAUCCCCCUAACAAGUUGGCAGGAAGGACAAUGUUAGUGUAGAAUCUUAGAUAAGGGUAUUUAUUACUGUUGUACAUAAUGUCUUGUUUUUAUACAUAAAUAAAACACUUUGAAAUGGAA